AUGGGUUGUUCUGAGUCAAAGGUACUGGAUAGUGUGGAAUCAACUGCAACUGGUGGAAGCUCUUCAGGUUCAUCUCUCAAGGAGAAAUUAACAGAAAAUUUACUCAAUACUGAUACAGUCAAGACAAUGAGCAAAAACGCAUUUGCAAGCGUUCUCAAUAAAUAUCCAGAAUCAAAAAAGAUCUUUAAAGUACCCGAAACUACACCGACUGAUACGCCAUUGGCUGAUACAAAAGAAGUGCAAGCGGCUAGUGAUAAGCUUUUAAGUCACUAUAUGGAUAUUGUUAAAACUUCAGAUAGUAAUCUUGAGUCAACAGUACAGAAAAAAGCAACUGAUCUCAGUAAACUUGGCGUUAAAGCCGAAUAUAUUAAGACUUAUGGUGACAAUCUUGCAACAAAUACGACAAAAGAUACAACCACCAAAUUGAGCUCAACUGAAGAAAAAAUUUGGAAAUCCGUCAUUAGUGAGAUUACAAGUAAACUCACUGCUGCAAUGGCCAAACUACCUAGUUCAUCUUCAUAA